AACCUAUAAAACUAAUGAAAUCCGUUAAAAAACCUUUUGAAUCAAUUUUGUUGAACCUCCGCUAUAUAUUUCUCUUUAAUUACCGGACUAUCAAGCAAGUUGUUUAUUUACACUACACUGGGGGGAAGAGACUUGUUUGUUGUUGAUGAUGAGUAGGAAUGAUGACUGUAUGCUCAAUUUUCUGAAGUAGAAACAUUGUGGCACCUCAGUCCUCCUCUGUCUAGUCUGAUGUGCUGGUGAAAGAAGAAUCGAGAAAUGGUGAUAGUGUUAAGGUAGUGAUGUUGCGUCCACGCAGACUGGCUGUGCUGUCGUUGGUCUGCGUGAUCUUUGUCACCCUUUGGAUUUCUGACACGGACGUAAAUAAUACGUUGUACAGAUUGUGGUACUUCAAUGGGUUCCCCAACUCAAGCGAAUCAGUUCAGAUAGCAUGUUAUUACGACAAGUCUGCCAACAGUUUCCCCCAACUAUACAGUGACGAUGUUCAACCCGAUGGCAGCAUUUUUUUCUUGGAGACGUCCUGUCAUGACAAAUCUAGAUCUGCUCUCACUCCACGUCAGGCAUGUGCAGUGGAGUCAGCUGCCAAGAUGAACCCAGAUGCAGAUGUUUACGUGUUGUUUCCGUCCCCCGUCACUGACAACUCCUCAGCCCUCAGUGUAGGUGUGCAGCAGCUGCUGACUUACAACAAUAUCAAACUGCGACACGUCAGUAUGGACGAAUAUUUCCGAGACACGCCACUCGACCAGUGGUAUUCCUCUGGCAUGCUGCGCACCAGCCGGUGGCCUAUGUCUCACGCAAGUGAUGUGCUUCGCUACAUAACAUUGUGGAAGUUCGGAGGCAUCUACCUAGACUUGGACGUCGUUGUUACCAAGAGACUGUCAAAUCUCGUCAACUUUGCUGGAGCAGAGUCGUCAGAGGAUGUGGCUGCUGGAGUGUUGAGUUUUUCCCGCCACGGUGUUGGACAUGAGCUGGCAGCGGCUUGCGUACAUCAGCUGCGGCGCGACUUCAGAGGCUACGACUGGGGCCACAACGGCCCAGGAAUAAUCACCAAUGUGCUGCAGGAUGCCUGUCAGACUAAUAAUGUUAUAAAGAUGACUCCAGAUAGAUGUAAAGGCUUCACUGUGUUUCCGCCAAGAGCAUUCUACCCUAUACCCUGGCGGCAAUGGCAGUUAUACUUUAACUCUACCAGAAGUACCGAAACUCUCAGAAAAGUUUUAGGGAGCUAUGCAAUUCAUGUAUGGAACAAGUUUAGCAGCAGUGCCAACGUAACUGUGGGAUCCAAUCAGCCUUAUGGAGUGGUCGCGAGUCAAUUUUGCCCAAGAGUUUACUCUUCUGUUGGCUCGGUAUUCUAAUAUCAUCAUACCAGCAGUACAGACUGAUGAUAAGUCAGUACUGUCCAAGAGUGUAUUCCUGUGUUGGCUCGGUAAUGUCAUCAUACCAGCAGUACAGAGUGAUGAUAAGUCAGUACUGUUCAAGAGGGUAUUCCUCUGUUGGCUCAGUAUUCUAAUGUCAUCAUACCAGCAGUACAGAGUGAUGAUAAGUCUGUACUGUCCAAAGGGUACUCCUCUGUUGGCUCGAUAAUGUCAUCAUACCAGCAGUACAGACUGAUGAUAAGUCAGUACUGUCCAGGAGUGUACUUCUCUGUUGGCUCGGUAUUUUAAUGUCAUCAUACCAGCAGUACAGAGUGAUGAUAGGUUUGUUCUGUCCAAGAGUGUACUCCUCUGUUGGCUCAGUAUUCUAAUGUCAUCAUACCAGCAGUACAGAGUGAUGAUGAUAAGUCUGUACUGUCUAAGAGUGUACUCCUCUGAUGGCUCAGUAUUAUAAUGUCAUCAUACCAGCAGUAGAGAGUGAUGAUGAUAAGUCUGUACUGUCCACGAGUGUACUCCUCUGUUGGCUCAGUAUUCUAAUGUCAUCAUACCAGCAGUACAGAGUGAUGAUGAAAGUCUGUACCGUCCAAGAGUGUACUCCUCUGUUGGCUCGGUAUUCUAAUGUCAUCAUACCAGCAGUACAGAGUGAUGAUAAGUCUGAACUGUCCAAGAGUGUACUCCUCUGUUGGCUCAGUAUUCUAAUGUCAUCAUACCAGCAGUACAGAGUGAUGAUGAUAAGUCUGUACUGUCCAAGAGUGUACUCCUCUGUUGGCUCAGUAUUCUAAUGUCAUCAUACCAGCAGUACAGAGUGAUGAUAAGUCUGAACUGUCCAAGAGUGUACUCCUCUGUUGGCUCAGUAUUCUAAUGUCAUCAUACCAGCAGGACAGAGUGAUGAUGAUAAGUCUGUACUGUCCAAGAGUGUACUCCUCUGUUGGCUCAGUAUUCUAAUGUCAUCAUACCAGCAGUACAGAGUGAUGAUGAUAAGUCUGUACUGUCCAAGAGUGUACUCCUCUGUUGGCUCAGUAUUCUAAUGUCAUCAUACCAGCAGUACAGAGUGAUGAUGAUAAGUCAGUACUGUCCAAGAGUGUACUCCUCUGUUGGCUCAGUAUUCUAAUGUCAUCAUACCAGCAGUACAGAGUGAUGAUGAUAAGUCUGUACUGUCCACAAGUGUACUCCUCUGUUGGCUCAGUAUUCUAAUGUCAUCAUACCAGCAGUACAGAGUGAUGAUGAUAAGUCUGUACUGUCCACAAGUGUACUCCUCUGUUGGCUCAGUAUUCUAAUGUCAUCAUACCAGCAGUACAGAGUGAUGAUGAUAAGUCUGUACUGUCCACAAGUGUACUCCUCUGUUGGCUCAGUAUUAUAAUGUCAUCAUACCAUCAGUACAGAGUGAUGAUAAGUUAGUACUAUCCAAGAGUAGCUUACUCACAUGUAUAGUUAAAUACUCAGGUUGUUGGUUAAAUUGCUAUUUGCCAAUUCUACUGGCAACCAAGUUUGAUCAUGACAAAAAGUGAUAUUACUUUUCUCUACAUUAUAAUUUAUUUACCUAUUGCAUUUAGAAAUGUGACAUAAUAUUACUUAGUUUUAAAUGACAUAUUAUACAAAUUUUAUUUAGGCUACCUCUUUCAAAUAUUUUUAUACAUAAUUGUGUUUGUUAUAUAUGUUAUGUUUUAAAUGAAACCUUGACAAAUUAUAUAUUUUAUGCUCUUA